CUCAGAAACGGAUCAACAAAGGCUCAGAAGCUUCUAUCCUCAACCAAUGAAUCAGAGUCAGAAAAACGUAUUGGAUAUUGAGAACUGUACGCGCCAAUUUUAGAUCUAACGCAGCAAUUAAGCAUGAUUACAGAAUUAAGUGCUGAUGAAGACUCGAACCCGAUUGAGAUAGAAAGUUUAUGUGUCAAAUGCUUAAAAAAUGGCACAACAUUCCUGUUGUUGACAAAAAUAGCAUAUUUUAAAGAGGUUAUCAUCUCAUCUUUCAGUUGUACACAUUGUGGAAAUGAAAAUCGAUUAAUUACACCAGCUUCUCGUGUUCAAGAUAAAGGCCAACGUUUAACACUUACAGUUAAAAAUGCAAAAGAUCUCAAUCGACGUCUUGUUAUACCGCCUGGUUCAACACUAGAGAUUCCAGAAUUAGACUCUUCAUUCCCGUUUUCUGAUGGAGGUUUAUCAACUGUUGAAGGAACACUUACAACAGUGGUAGACAAUUUAAACAGUUUACAACCUGAAAGAAAGCAAGCUGAUCCAGACUUGGCAGAGAAAAUUGAAAGUUUUAUGCGUCAAUUGUGUAAUUUAUUAAAUUUAGACAAGCCAUUUACAAUUAUUAUUGAUGAUCCGUCUGGAAAUGGAUUCAUUGAAAAUUAUCUAGCUCCAAAUGAUGAUCCUCAAAUUGAAAUUUCCAUUUAUGAACGUACUCCAGAACAAAACGAUUUACUUGGUCUUCAACCACAACCACCUUUGGAAUUAUUCAAUAAGGCGAAUAAUAUCCCUGAAACAAUUCCUGAAGAGCCAGUUGAUGAGCCUACAAAACCUGUUGAAAAAGAUGAAGUGAUGUCUAUCACAAUGAAUUGUCCAUCGUGUAAUGCUGUAGCAGAGAAUAAAAUGAAAGUUGUCGACAUACCACAUUUCAAAGAGGUUAUCCUAAUGGCACUCAACUGUCCAUCUUGUGGCUUUAAAGACUGUGAAGUUCGUUCAGGUACUGGUGUAGCUCCGAAAGGAAAGCAUUAUAAAUUACGCAUAAAAGAUGUCUACGAUUUGUCACGGGACAUUUUAGUCUCUGAAUCUGCAGCUAUUAAAAUCCCUGAACUGGAAUUUGAAUCAAUGGGUGGUACUCUUGGCGGAAGAUUUACAACAAUUGAAGGCUUAUUAGUAGCAAUAACUGAUCAAUUGAUCAGUGCCAAUCCGUUUAUUGUCGGUGAUAGUACGUCAAGUGAGGAGGCAAAAGGUAAAUUAGGAUCAAUGAUUACACGUUUAAAAGAGAUCACAUCUGGUCAAAAACUUGAUGUCCUCUUUGAAUUGAAUGAUCCUGCUGGUAAUAGUUAUAUUCAAAAUAUAUACGCACCAGAUCCGGAUCCAGAAUUGGAAUUGAUUGAAUAUGAACGAAGCGAAGAGGACAAUGAUGCUUUAGGCUUAACAGAUAUGAAAACUGAGAAUUACGAGACCACAGAAGACAAGAGUUGAAAAUGUUGGGCUUUUUUCUUUCUUCUGGCCUUCUCUUUAUGUUGUUCUAUCUUCUGUAUUCAUUUAUACAAUGAUUGAUCAGUAAAUUUAAAAAUAAAUAUUUUUCAUUUUCUGGA